CAGAAGAUGGUUCUAUAAAUAACACCGCCUCCAUCAUAUGCUACUUACUUCUCUCCUCAUAAUCACCUUCAUCCUUUCAGCAGUUCCUAAACGCCAUGGCUAACCCUCCCCCAGUUCGUCCCUGGUUCCGCUUAGCCUCCAUUCGCUCCACCCCUGCUGCCCCUGCCCCUACCCAAGAGCCUCGCACUACGUUGGGCCUGCCCGCAUUUAGAACUGCUUCAGCACCCUCAUCACCACAAUCUCACCCUACUCAACCUCAACCUCAACCUCAUCCCGCUCCAGAACCUUCAUAUCAACCUAACAGAUUCUCUUCUUCUUCACUCCCAAAUUCUCCAGUCCACAAGGCCACACUUACAACAUCUUCCCCCCCACAUUCCUCCCCUGAGAAGAAUACGCGUGUGCAUGUCCCAAGUCCCAUUCACUCUCCUAAAACAAUUAAGCAAUCUGAUCGUAGCCCAAUGCGCUCACCAAACAAUAGCAGAACCACCACUCCUCCACCAUCUCCUCUCACUCUCCCACCUUCCCAGUUGAAGACCGAGCCCAAGAUACCUGAACAGCCGGAGCCCAAAACCGUGCUGGUCCAGAAAACCAUCGACAGGCUCGGGCCCUGGCACAAUGACGCCACUGAAACGCACAAAAACAAUGCCAAUGCGCAUGCCCAUCAUGGAAAACACGUCACCGGCAGGGAGAGUGAAUCCAAGGAGAAGGGUAUUCACAAAAAGCUUUCGGAUUCCGAGGACUCUGGCAUGAGGGUCAUAACCAUUGCUGGAGAAAACAGAGGGGCUUUCAUGGAACUGAUCCAGUCCCCGAAGAAACCCGAAGCCAAGUACCUUCACAAGAAGGGGAAUUCGAGCAUCAACGUGGACGGGGUGGAGUCGGAGGGUUCCAGUGCCGAGGACGGGGGUGUGAGCAAGAAGGAUAAGAAUCAGAAAGGUAAAACAGCGUCUUCGUUUCCCAUGGCUGCGUACAUGAACAGCAACGUGCAGUGUGUGAACAACUCCCUCCUGUACAACACUUCUUGCUCCCACCACGACCCCGGAGUGCGCCUUUCUCUUUCAAAGAAACCAUUCGGUGAAGGUUUCCAUCUGAAGGAACACGGUGAUGGUCACCACGCUUGAUUCCAGAGAGAGUGUUGUUGGAAUUGGACUUAGUUGUUUUGUGCUUCUGGCUUACGUUAUGUUAUGGUAAGAUAAUAUGGUAUAUGGCAUAUUUAUAUAUAUUGGAAAAAAAAAAGUUCAGUAGCCAACUUGGGGGACGAGUUCUAAUUCUUCUGCUUCGUUGAAGAUUCUUCACAGCCCUCAGUGGAAAAUGGAAAACAAAUAUGUAUAAUGUAUGUAUGGGUGAUGCUUACGGCUUUAUUCAAACACUUGAUUGUUUUUGUAUGGAAGAGAUUCUGAAGCAGUCUAUUACAUGGGGAGAGGGUUGUGUAUAUGGUUCAUUUUCCUUUGUUAAUUGCUCUUUUGCAAUAAAUUUGUAUCACCAAUAUAAUAAUGUAUGUUGUGUUAAAACA